AUGCGAGUACCAGAGCCUGUGCAGGUUCUGCUAAGGAGGGUAUAUGCUGCACCGCAAGCCGCUGCUCCCAUCCACCCAGCUCCUGCUCCGAAUCAGACUCCUACUAGGAACGAGCCACCACCACCACCAGCGCCUAGACGUCGAGACCGAACAUACAGGCAAGAACUCAACGAUCGACAAAGACAAGAACAACAAGACGAAGAUCUCGCUCGACGACUUCAGCUCGCCACAUUAUUGGGCAACAACCACGACGAAACGAAUCCACGACAACGACAACGCGAUGAGACUUUUGGCCUUGGCAACGCGGCCGGCCACUUUAUGAAUGACGAUUUUGUACAAAAUGCCACGAAUGUGAUAAUGGAUGCUUUUGGGGAUGCGAAUUUUGGGCGGCGGGGCGAGAGGGCUAGUGGGAGGAGGAGGAGGGCGAGGCAGACGGAGGGACCUCCUGCUGGUGGUGGUGGUGGUGGUGGUGGUGAUGGGAAUGAUGGUGGGCUUGCGCCGAACUUUUUGGGGGAUGAGAGUGUACUUGGGAUGGCGCCUGGUCGGAGGCCGGGUCUGGGUGCUUGA